GAGACAUGUUAUACACAGACCUCAGACUGAAGAUGAUGACACUGAUGUGGAUUACAGCGAUGCUUUUUAAUAAAACUGAUUCUGCACAGACAAUUGAUGUCAGUCAGCCAGAUCGAGUGAUCACUGCUGAUGUUGGUGAGAACGUGACUCUGCACUGCUUUCGACUGGGAGAGAAUAACAAUGAACCUAACAUUUGGUACAAGCAAAAAGUCGGACACGAGCCUUGUUUAAUGGUCACAGUUCUAACUAAACCUGAUUACGAAGAUGAGUUCAAGUCACCAAGAUUCAGCAUUGAGAAAGAAAAAGGGAGCGUCCAUUUAAAAAUUGCAAAUGUGGAACCGUCAGAUGAAGCCAUGUAUUACUGUGGCGUUGUAAAAUUUAUGAAAGUGUUUGGAAAAGGAACAUUUUUAUCUGUGAAAGGUGAUGGAGAUGUAAAAGUGUCAGUGUUCCAGAGCGGCGUGUCGGACUCGGUUCCUGCAGGAGCGUCAGUGACUCUGCAGUGCUCGGUUCUCUGUGAGAGCAGAUCAGCAGAUCUCCAAGUGCUCUGGUUCAGAGCUGCUCCACCACAAUCCCAUCCUCAAAUCAUUUACACUCAUCACAACAGCAGCCAUCAGUGUGAGAGCGGCUCUUCUACACACACCUGUGUGUACAGCUUCUCCAAGAACAUCCUAAGCCUCAGUGAUACUGGAACUUACUACUGCGCUGUGGCCGUGUGUGGGAAGAUCAUUUUUGGGAACGGGACACGAGUACAGUUGGCUACAGGAGAAUCUGUGGAUCCUGUAGUGAGCUGCCUCGCUGUAGCUUUGGGAGUGUGUGUGGUUGUGAUCGUUGCUCAUAUCGUAACCUGUAAAUGGAGGAACUGUGAAUGUUGCACUGUGAGAUCUGAAGAUUGGGUAGUGAAGAAAACACCAAAUCAGAGCCGUGAUGCAGUGGAGCUGAAUUUUGCUGCCUUACACAUCAAUAAAAGAAGAGGAAAGAGAGAACGAGCUUGUGAUAAUGUGUAUACUGAAGUGAUUUACUCUUCUAUAAAAUUAAAAGGUGUCAUUUCAUCUCUGAAGAUGUCUGUAGUCUGGAUUCUUGUCUCAUCUCUUUGCAUAAUAUCAGCUCCAGCUCAAAAUUUGGAUCUUUCCCGACCAUCAUUUAUCUCAGUAAAGUCUGGUGAACGUGUCACUCUUAACUGCACAUUUAACGGGAGUGAAGGUAUAUUAGAUCUUGUCAUUUGGUACAAACAAAUAUUUGGAGAGAUGCCUCAAAAAGUGGGAGAAGGAUUAGCAUAUAAGGAUGUCAACAUCAGCCCCGAGUUCAAAACAUCUGGAUAUAAAAUGGAGACGACUGAUAGCGGCAUUUCUCUGACAAUUUCACAUAUAAAAAAAGAACAUGGCGGACUUUACUACUGUGGACAAUUUAACUGGCAAAAUGUAGCUGUUAAUCUAUCCAGAGGAACUUUCUUGGAUGUAACAGAUGAGAGAGAUAUAAACGUCUCAGUGUUCCAGAGCGGCGUGUCAGACUCGGUUCCUGCAGGAGUGUCAGUGACUCUGCAGUGCUCGGUUCUCUCUGAGAGCAGAUCAGCAGAACUCCAAGUGCUCUGGUUCAGAGCUGCUCCACCACAAUCCCAUCCUCAAAUCAUUUACACUCAUCACAACAGCAGAAAUCAGUGUGAGAGCGGCUCUUCUACACACACCUGUGUGUACAACUUCUCCAAGAACAUCCUCAGCCUCAGUGAUACUGGAACUUACUACUGCGCUGUGGCCGUGUGUGGGAAGAUCAUUUUUGGGAACGGGACACAAGUACAAUUGAAAUCUGUGGAUCCUGCAGUGAUCUGCCUCGCUGUAGCUUUGGUUGUGUGCGUGGUUGUGAUCUCUAUUCAAGCUCUGUUAUUCUGUAAGUGGAGAACCCAUGAACAACACACAAACAAACAAAACACUGAGAGAAGACCUAAGAAAACCAGCACUCAGGCCCGUGACUCUGUGGAGCUGAAUUAUGCUGCCUUACAUUUUAAAGAAAAGAAAACCAAAAAAAGGAUAGAAAAGAGAAAACAACCCCAAGACACUGUUUACUCUGAAGUCAGAUCUCUCACCACUACCUAGAUUAUUAUGUCUUCAUUAUUAUUAUUUUUGGUUUUAUAAUUUUUUUUUUCUUUCUUUUUUUUUUUUAAGUCUGUUUAGGAAUAAAGUUUAAACUGGUGGUUCGCUCAUCUCAUUUUGAUUUGACUGACAUAAAAAAUGUAUUGUGAUGAGAUAUUAAUUGUAAUGUUUCUAUGUGUAUCAAUUCGAAAAAGCCUGAUAAAAUGAAAAAAAAAAUCGUGUGGUCUAUCAUGUUUCAGCAUGUGACAAAAAAAAGACAAAUCAGUAUGUGCGUAAUGCAAUGUCACUAUGUGUAUCUGUUUAUGUUUAGUGCUCUAAAUGUAUUUAUCUUUAUUCAGAUUUAAACCCAAAGUGGGAGUGACUAAAAACUGUUCAUUUUUGUAUUUUUAAAUGACAUAUGAAUUAAAUGUGAACCGUUACACUUUGCCCUUGGACACACUGGAAAACAUGUCAGCAGUGGCAGCAUGGUUUGUGAAUUCUGGCUCUGACAGUUCCUUUACCGCAGCUACAUCACUCCAGAUCAUAAUUGGUCUCAACUAGAGAUGUGCAUGCGUUUAUUUAUUUAUCGUUAAAUUCUGCUCACAGUUAUUAUUUUUGUUUUUACUUGCUUGUGAAUUUGUUUGAUUAAUUUAUUUGGCCUGCAAAAAAAAAAAAAAAAAAAAAAAAACAACC